GGCCAGCAGCUGUCUGCCGCUUCCGGGUUUGGAGCGGUUAAGCCGAGGAGGGGGCUCUGGCAGCUGGCGGGUUCAGUCUCUCACACGGUCACCGGAGAGCGGGGUCUGCGCGGAGCCCAUGCCGGCAGAAAUGGUCACCAGUCAGCCCAUCUUAAUUGAUGCUGGCAAGAAGAAAAAGAAGAAACGAAGGAGUCGGGAUACAGAGAGCUACACGGGGAAAUUUGCAGACCUUUACAAGCUGACAGAUGAGCUCCUUGGAGAGGGGGCUUAUGCAAAGGUCCAAGGCUGUAUCAGUUUGCAGACUGGCAAAGAUUACGCAGUUAAGAUUGUGGAAAAGAAAGCUGGGCACAGCCGCAGCAGGGUAUUUCGAGAAGUGGAAACAUUGUACCAGUGCCAAGGCAACAAGAACAUUUUGGAGCUAAUAGAAUUCUGUGAAGAUGAAUCUCGUUUUUACCUGGUCUUUGAAAAAUUGCGAGGAGGUUCGGUCCUUUCUCACAUUCAGAGACGAAAGCACUUUAAUGAGAGGGAGGCUAGUAAAGUAGUAAAGGACAUUGCAUCUGCUCUUGAUUUUCUUCAUACAAAAGGUAUAGCUCAUCGAGACCUAAAACCAGAAAAUAUUUUAUGUGAAUUCGAAUAUAAGCUGUCACCAGUAAAAAUUUGUGACUUUGACCUCGGCAGUGGUGUUAAACUAAACAGCGCGUGCACCCCAAUAACAACACCAGAGUUAACGACUCCAUGUGGCUCAGCAGAAUAUAUGGCCCCAGAGGUGGUAGAGGUUUUCACAGAUGAAGCAAACUUCUAUGACAAGCGAUGUGAUCUCUGGAGCCUGGGCGUUAUUCUGUAUAUAAUGCUGAGUGGGUACCCUCCCUUUGUGGGCAACUGUGGCACAGACUGCGGCUGGGACCGAGGGGAAAUUUGCAGAGUGUGUCAGAAUAAGCUUUUUGAAAGCAUUCAAGAAGGCAAAUAUGAGUUUCCAGAAAAGGAUUGGUCACACAUUUCCUGCCAAGCUAAAGAUUUAAUAUCAAAACUAUUGGUCCGAGACGCCAAGGAACGCUUGAGUGCUGCUCAAGUUCUCCACCACCCGUGGCUGCAAGGGGAUGCUCCAGAACAUGGGUUGCCAACACCACUUCUGCUUCAAAGGCACAGCAGUACGAAGGACCUGACCCUGUUUGCAGCUGAAGCCAUUGCUUUGAACCGCCAGCUCUCUCAGCGUGACAGUGACCUGAUUGAGGAACAAGUGGAGAUCAUUCAUGCCAUCUGCUCAAUGAGGCUCUCUCCACCUUCCAAGUCGCGCCUCGCAAAGCGGAGAGCUCAGGCCCAGGCACGGAAAGGCAGUGGUCCUCAAACAGCCUGAGUGUCCAACGCCCUAACAAAACUUCACACAUCUUCCAUUAAGCGUUAAAGGGACAGUAAAGUGGGAAAAUUACUUUUUUAAUUGCCGUAUUAAAAUGCUGGUUACUUUGACAAGACUGUUAUGCUAUUUUUGGGAUAUUUAUAGCAAUAGGAAAAACAAACCAGAUUUUACAAGAUUCUAAAGUUAUGUCUGUAGGUAAUGAAACCAUUUUCCAGGAGAAGCCGCACUUAUUCUUGGCAACUGAAGUUCAUUGCCGUUUGAGGGCGCAGGUUGCCAAGGCAAGAUAUACUUCCACGAUGGAACAUUGUCUCGAAUAAAACCACCUAUGUGUAAAUUUGAUCUCUCUGGCUAUGCACUUUAGCAUUGUGGGAAUCAGAAAUGUUCAUAGAUUAUAAAAUGAAACCACAUUAUGCCAUCUCAAAAAUCAAAUUUAGUGGGCUUGUCAAAUUAACACAAUACUUGAAUAUGUCCAUUAAGAUAAGCUAUUGUCUUUUCUGUUCCUUUAACUGUGUAGCUAUUGACAGGUAAUCGUUAACUUGUCCUUUUGGCUGUUGAGGGGUUAAUGCCUUGUGCAUCCCCGCAGUCUUUUUAGUCAGGUGCCACUUUAUAAUGGCACCUGUGUGUUUUUAAAUUCUUGGAUCCAGCAAAUCUUUAUAAUAGAUUUGCUGCUGCUCCAUUUUAUUAACAAAGCAAACAAAAAAUCUCCUUAAAUAACUGUGACAAUAUAACUCUGACUGGUUAUAUCCCUCAGAGCUCCUUAUUUAACGUUAGAGCUUCCUCAGGUCUACGGGUUCUAUCUGGUACAACAGAAACCUUGCACACCGUUCAAACACUAAGCUAAGACGUACGUUUUUAGUUUAAUCCUUAAGAUCUUUGUGUGUGAAAACUAUUCUCCUCCCCCCCCCCCUUUUUUUUUCUCAUUAUUUAUUACUGAACAAAACUAAUGUUCUUCCUUAAAUCUGAAUUUCACAUCAGCCUGAAAUGUUACGUUACCUUUCUUGCCAAAAAUGUACUGUAUUGUAAAUUUUUAAGCAUUGUUUCAUUUUUCUUCUCAUCUCAGAAUAUGUAAAUGUGUUUAUUUUUUUUUAACAUUUUCUCAGAGUAUUUUUUUACAUGGGGAAAGAGUGGGAAUCAAACAUGAAUUUUGUAUAGUGCUGCCUUGUCACUGUGCCUGAAGGGAUGAGAUGUAUUGUGGGUAUUUUUUUUUCUUUUUCUUCUAUUUUAUAUGAAUGCAAAGAUCUUGAAGGGAAUGGAGUUGUUUUGUCAAUGUUAUUUAAUAUAUGAAAAUAAAUGUACCACAUGAAGUUUUACAUAA